AUGCCGGCAUCCUCCGCGUUAUCAUCAGGACGCCGUAAUCCGGAUGGCUCCUUCGCCACGUGCCAAACAGCCUGCUACCCGGAUGCUUUGGCUGCAUCAAUUGCCUCUUGCAUUGCACCCUUCCGUCCGGAAGUUGCCCUCUCUGAGUGGCAGGCGUUUCCUCCUGCCUCAUUCAUCUGGCCGAUUACAUCGGCCAGCGUCGAAGAUGGAGCAGGUACAUGCAGCUCCGCCUUCUGGGGCUCUCCCAACAAGCCGAAUGAGUCCCCCAUCUCUGACUCUGCACUGAAGCCAUUUCUGUCUGACCUUCGCACAUUCCUCCGCGUGGAAGACGACAGCUUAACCUCUAGCUCUGUCCUGUCCCGUGACCCAGACAUGGACUUCUUCCAAUUGUUGCACGAAGGCGUCCCCCUGGGCAUAGACGAAGCCAUUCCUCCCUGCACGGUGCUUUUCCCUCCUGACCCCCCUGCGGAUUCUGUCCUGCCGCUUCAGCAUUGUGACUCCGCCUGGAAGUCUGCCCUCGAUCACGUGGACCUUGUCGACGGCCUUCUUGAGGCUGAAGAUUCGCCCAGGCGGGGACUCUGCACUGCCGUCGGAAACUUGGGGUCGUUGUUUCUCCUGACCGACCUCCGCGGCUCGUUGUCGACAACUCUAUCAGUGGGGUGA